AUGGGUCUUGAAAACGUUUGCAGACUUUGUCGCCUUACCACAUCUCAACCGAACGAACUUUCGUCUCUCUUCGAGAACGAUUUGGACGAAAAACUGCGACUUUGUUGCUCAAUUGACGUCGAAUUCAACGAGAAUCUUCCCUCCAAAGUUUGUCCCAUUUGCAAAAUCAGCAUCGAACAUUUGGCGCACUUCAGAAAACGAUGCGAAGACACGAACAGCUACUUCAACGAAUAUUUGCAGAAGAAAAAGAUGCUCAAGAAACAGGAAACGAGCGUUUUGGCGAUUUCAACACCGAAAAUUACUUCGAGAAUCGGAUCGCCGCGAGUUUCGAGACCAGUUCAACAGGAAUCCUCGCCAAAAGUGUUGAAAUCGAUUCCGUUGCCUUUCAAAGAGAAUCAAAACACGGAAAAUAAUCGUUUCACGGUGCGACAAUAUUCGCGGAAGCAGAAGGCAACUCCGAUGCGACAACACAAAAUAACGCUUUUCCAGUCAGAAUCUCCGGUGAAAAUCAAGGAAGAGCCUCGAAGUGUCGCCGAAUCGUUAGUUGACGAUUGGAACGAUGACAAUUCAAGCCACAAAAGUUCUGACGAGUCUCCCGAUCGACAUGCCGACGACUGGGAAGAGGCUCCGCGUGACGAAACUCAACUAAAAAUCAAAGCAGAACCCUUCGACGAGUCUUUUGAAGCAGCUGAAAGUCCCCGGAAACGAAUAAUUGGCGAAGAAGUCUUCGAGGAAAAUCGUUGCAAUCUCGUCGCUGUUUUUAAUGCGGGAAAAAAUCAAUCCAAGUGGCCUCAAAACGCAUCUGACAACAACAUUAUCGCGAAAAUUCCCCCAAAAAUCCGGUUUCAUUGCACUGAAUGUUCGACCGGCUUUUAUGACGAACUUUUCUUGUUAAGUCACGCAUGCGGGAAUUUGCGAUAUGCUUGCUACAUUUGCAAGAAAAUAUUUUUGAACGAAUAUGCGUUGGUGAAACACAUGAACGAGCAUCAAAACAAGAGCGAGAGAAGUUUCAAGAACGAUCAGGAGGCAUUUCGGGAGGAAACUGACGAAAAUGUCUAUUCAACGGGGAAAUUUAUUCGCAUGGAAAGCACUCAUAAGAGACAAAAGACGAUGUAUUUUACGGAUAAUUGA